UAUAAGGGUUGGGUUGUUUCGCUUGGUGUUGUGGUGUUGUGGUGUUGUGGUGUUGUGGGAUUGUUGUUGGGAAAGGGGGGAAAUAGGUGGGAAUUCCCCCCUAUCCCCCCAACUAUCCCCAACUCUCCCAUAUAAGCGCGACAGAUAGUAAAUACAGGCGCUUAACGUUUUCACCCACCUCCUUUUCGGUUGAGGGCUACAGGGCUAGCCUAUUUAUUUACCGCACACUUCCAGACGCGCCUCUUCUUCUUUUCAUCCUCCACAUCACAACUUCACAACUUCCACCUUCGUCUUUCGUUACAACACAACAACAACUUUCAUUUCGUCCGUCGUUACAACUUCACUCUACACUAUCGUUUCAUCACCCUUUCAUUUGUUUCCAAUCAAUUCAAACUUCAACCACACUCGUUAUUUGAUCUCAUCAAUUCAAUCUUCCAAUCCAUCAAGAUGAAGAUCAUCCAGGCCAUCCUUUCCGCCUUCUGGCUUCUGACUCUCGUCCAUGGCGUAUUCGGAGUUGGAGUCGGUGGAUUUCUCAACCUCGGCGGCGCUGGAGGUGGCGGCGGUAGUGAUAAAGCUGCCGUUGGUCAUGAGGUUCUUCCUUGGUUCACCAUCACCCCUCCCUCUCCUCCAACGAUCACCCCUUUCCCUCCUGACUUUGGUGGAACCAACAACAUCUACAAGACCACUCCUGAUGUUCCAUCAACCCCGACUGAGACUGAAGCUUCCGCCACUCCUGUCGACACUGCUGUCAGCACCGAGGUCACCGCUAACACUGCUGCCAUCACUGGGCCCAGCGAGUAUCCAACUGCUGCCAUCACCGAGGUCGUCAACACUCCAAUUGCCAGCGAGGUCGUUAACACUCCAGUUGCCAGCGAGACUGUCGAUAUCUGGGUCAUCACCACCGUUUCUGCCUACGUCACGAUCUGCCCCAGCCCAACCACCUUCACUCAGGGAGUCCAGACCUACACCAUCACCGAGGCCACGACGCUGACCAUCUCCAACUGCCCAUGCACCAUCAGCUACCCCGCUCCGCCAACCGUUGCCACCAACCCUCCAUCCGUCGAAUCUGUCCCUGUCCAGCCCAUUGGAACUGCUCCCGUCCAACCCGUUGGAACCGGUGUAACCCCCGGUGGCAACCCAAUCAUCAACACCAACAACACCGUCACCCCAGUCGUCAAUCCCCCAGCUGUCUCCUCCAACUCCACGCGCACGACCUUCAUCGCCGUCACCGCACCUCCACCACACGCCACCCAGCCACUCAUCACCCUCGGUGGUAGCACGCCUGUCAUUCCCACCCCCGUCGCUGAGACUCCCGUCCCAGUGCCCAACACCCCGGUGGUCCCUGUGCUGCCUACCCCGACUCCUGCUACUGGAGGCGCGGGUCGCGUUUUCAUCGGCCUUGGGGCUGCGUUUCUCAGUGGUAUCGUCGCUGUCUUCCUCUGAGCGGCCGACGUGCACCGCCCCUGCGCACAUGUUUCAUCUGUGUGUGGCUGGUGUGUUUACUAGCCUCGUUGCUGUGGAAAAGAUAGGAUUUGAGCUUACGAAUAAUGGAUAUUUUUAAUGGGAUAUGAGGAUAAUGGAUGCAGUUUGUUUUUGUGCUCUACUGGACCUGAUCUUGAUGCUUUUUGUUCGGAUUCGCUCGAUUACUAUGGACAUGCUGAUGAUGAGAGAUCUGUUAUGAAUGGGCUCAGAUAGGCUA